AUGCCCAAACUGGAGUGCAACUUGCCAACAAAGUGCAAAAUUCUCCAUCAAACAGCAAGCAUAUUUGACCCGAUCGGCUUUUUAACCUUGGCGGUACUGCCGAUGAAGUUAUUCAUUCAAGAACUGUGGGAGAAAAAUCGACUAAGAGGAGCAAACGUGGCAGCAGUAAGUAUAAUAGAUAGCUGGAGUGAUGUCGAGGUUAGAAUACCGCGAAAGGCGUCGGAUACCAUAAACACCACAGAGAUCCAUACCUUUGUCGAUGCAUCGCAGAAAGUGUAUGCACUUGCCCGCUGCAAUGAAACUCUUUAUGGUGGUUCGGACCAAAUUGGCUUUGACAAGAGGAAGAAAGAUGGCCAGAAUGGAGUUCUGGCAAAGUCAGUGCCUGCAGCCAAAUACACUGAAACAAUUAGAACUGUGGAGGACGUGGUGUAUGUUGCAGACAUCGCAAACUGA